UUGGAGUCGCUCGCGAAUGAAUGGCGCGGCGCGAGCAGCCAGAAACUCCGCGAAGGGAGUCCACGGCACAGUGCGUUUCGAGCGGGCAGUCGUCUCUGUUCUGUCAGUCAGAUAUGGCUCGUCGGCCAAAAAAGUCGGCGCUGAUGCUGGCGGUAACGAUCGUUACGCUCAGCUUAGCGAGCUUAGUGAAUCGGUGUUCUGGCGCAAGUAGCAGCAGCGGCGAGCUCGACGAUCUGAACGCGGAUGAAAGCAGAAAUUAUCGCGAGUUGUUGAAUAUUCCGAAAUUUGGCGACCGGUUAGCGCCCCGCAAUCGACCCCACGUGGAAGAUGGAGGUACCGGCGCGAUCGCGAGUGCCGUUGGGCCAUCGGUGGUUGGCUCGAGUGGGGGCAAGUUCCGACGACAACCAGGCCCAGGGAAUACUUACCCUGGGGUGACUUAUCGUAACGCGGGAAGAUUUGGUGCUGGGGUUGCAAGUGUGGCGACAAGUGACAGUGCGGGUGAUAAUCUUGAGGAAUUGCACACGCUGGUGAAUAGUGAGCAUGAUAUCAAAAGAAGCGAUAUUAUGGUGACUAGUAUUGCGCAAAAUUUGGAAGAUACUAAUGCUAGCAGUGAAUACUUUGCGGGAACCGAUGAGGAUGGAGUAGAACAAAUUGAACCAGAUCGUGGUGACGAAGAGCAUGACGGUGAAGUGGAUGCAGAUGAAGAUGAUUUCGAAGAAGUCGAAGAACCGAAUCAUUUUGACGUGCAAGGAAGAAGUGCUAACGAUGCUGAGUUUGAUGAGCAGCAUAUUUUGCUGGAGAGUGGUGAUAUUAGGGAAAGUAGUUUGCCGCUGUUAGUUGGCCAACAGAAUAUAAGUAGUGCAGGUGUGAAUGCAUCUGCAGCGCAAGCUCAUCGGUUAGAAAUGUCCACCGAAUUUUUUGUAGUGCCAUCGACAGCGUCUUCCGCUGCUUCUCGUUCAACAACCGUGCGUCCUGGAGGCGUAAUCUUGGCUGCUCGUAGUCCGCCAAGUCACCAUAACAGUAACAGUAAUACUCACAAGCUAAACGUUACGCCACCGACCGUCGUCUUGGCGAACAAUUCUAAUGGACUGCGGAAAGAACCUUGGGUGGUGCCAGUUUUAGUGCUUGCUUGCCUGUCCAUGAUUAUGAUGGCCGCUUUUGAGAUAUUUGUGUUGUGCAAAGCAUGGCGUACGUCGCCAAGUCGGCGGCAUCUGUUUCUCGGACAAAUGUUACUUCUUGGACUGUUUGCAUGCUCCGGCCUAGCAGCUGUGCUGACCAUAAAUCCAACAGUGCUAUCCUGUGCAACGAUGCGCUUUGGCGCUGGGGUUGCCUUUGCCCUCGUAUUUGCUUCCCUUCUGGUUAAGUGUGUUUUCUUGAUCAGUCUGAACGGCGGAGUGUAUCUUCCUGCGCCCUACCAAGGUUUGCUUCUGUUGUUCGCAGUGCUGAUUCAAGUGGCUGUUGGUGCGCAGUGGCUUCUGACGUCGCCUCCUAGUGUCGAUCAGGUUCCCAUUUCUGGAGGCACUGCAGUUUCCAGUCGAUACCACCUCCUUCUCACCGCUGGAGACCUAUCCCACGUAAAUCCGACCAUCCCGUUGUGUCACACAACCUUCUCGGAACUGCUUCUUUCCUUGAUAUACGUAGUGUUCUUGAUUAUAUUUGUGGCCAUUCUGGCAAUAAAAUCGCGCGGCAUUCGGGACAAUUAUCGGGAAGCCACCUACAUCGGUUUGGCCGUUGGUGGAAUCAUUCCCAUCUGGUUGGGAUGGACCUUGUGCGGACUGGCCGUGGCCGAUCGGCAUCGGGAUGCAUGCCUUGCCUUCGGACUCGUGGCGACGGCAUCGACAGUGUUUUUGGUGAUGUUUAUGCCGAAGGGGCGCCAGCUGGCGGCUAUGGGUAAAGAAGGCCUUUAUGUGGAAGAUCGCGAGGAGCGGUUCAGUUCGCUGAGCCGUGCCGGAUCCGGAUAUUCACCGUCGUUCUUCCAUUUCAAACCGAUAAAGUACGGGGUCAUGGGGGCCUCUCCGACGCUGCAGACCAACAAUGGGACCGUGGUGGGAACAACGACCACCUCCAAGCACCAGGCGGUAGCAACACUCGGCGGAGAUCGCGUUGCACUGGUUACGGCGGCACCCCCGAGCUACACGCCACGCAUGUAUCAUUACUUUCCAGCACACAUGACACAUCCCUUCUGUUACUAUCCCCCGCAGCAGGCACGAUACCCAGGCCUUUUUAUGCGUCCGGACGAGGCCAAUCUCUACACUACCCUGGAACAAACGAUGAGCAGUAAUCCAAACGUGUACUUUCAACGGGGCGGCGGAGUCCAUCCAGGAAUGAUGUACUAAAGUAAAAAAAACACAAAUAGGGAAAAGCACCGACGAAGAUGGUUCCUACAACAAACGUACGAAAACGAAUGAAACACGGCCUCGACACCCGAACCAAAAUGCACAGAAGGACACCCAAGUGGUCCUGACCGAUUUCCGGUUUUUGAGGUUUCGGAGGCCGCCAAACGAUUGAUCGAUAGUAUUUUUUGGAGCAACACCAACCACCGUAGUACCGCUGCCGCCAGUCGCCGCCACUAGUUUGGAUUCAGCAGCAAUACCACAUUACCAACCGAUGCUGCACCGAGGACGGAAGCGACCACGGCAGGCGAAACAAGUGAUUUUAGUUCAAUAAGAUUGAUUUGUAAGGACACCCGCAGAGAUCCCGAAAUGCUUCUUCCCAGUUCCCUAUUCGGUAGAAAAGAGUACGCAACCAGUAGACCACGCUAGGACCUGCUACUUUCAACUUCAUUAGAUUUUAAGUGAACCCGAGAAAAUGUGAUCUCUCAGAACAGACGGUAACCGAGGAGAAGAAAACAGAGACGACAAGACCUACAACGAGGCACAUCCAUUUGGCUAGGUUUGCGUAACCUAACCUGAAGAGUAAAAGAAGCAAAAUAUCAUUCACCCGACCACCCCGGAAACCCUUUGGGGCACGCAGUAUUGCAGUAUUGCGUCAUUAUGGGCCACAAUUUUCCACUCCACAGCCGAAAAGUGUGAAAGCGAAAGUGAGAGAAGGAAAUUCCGAUAGGCAAAUAGUAAACCCUAAUAAGCACUCGUUCAUCAAUCAGCAAUCAAUAGAAACUAGGUUAAUCUAAAUUAUACAAAUUUGUGCGGCUCACCCCACUUUUUCACACACUUGAUAGAUUUAAACUAUUUAGGUAGACAAAUCAGUGUUCAUACCUUUUCCAAUCCCAUGUCCCUGUAGACUUAGAAGACUUUUGCAUGUUUAUAGAACUACUUUUACGGAAGACUAGUGACAAAUCAACUGCAGCUACUCUUUAUUCCACAUAGGUGUUAGGAAGAUUAAGGAUAUGUGUUAAUACCGAUGGACCUCCAACGGGAACAAAACUCUCUCUGUGAAUGAAUUUAACUGAUGAUUCUCGCUAGAUUUCGAAAAAGGACUUAAAUAACAAUGAGAUUUGCUUCACUGGACGUCAUGCGGCUUAAAUUUGUGUGAUCCUACAUAUUAAAGUGGGAUUUAAUUUCCAUUGUUAUUUCAGUCCUUCGGUGAAACUGUGUGAGAAUUUCCUAAUAUUAAUAAGUACCGCAAAAGUGUACAAUACUUCCUUCAUCCGGUAAUUUCACUUUUGGUCCAAAAAUACGUGGAAUCAAAACUGGGAUUACCCCUUCCCUUACCCCUCUAGUAGUUUAAUUUGUACUCUAAGGAGAUUAGAAUGUGAAGUGCGAAAUGAGAAAAAAAAAUGUGGAUCGAACCGAUCGAUCGAUGCAGGAGCGUGCAUAAAUAUUCGAUAACAAAAAAUAUUCUUGCUGUAAAUACUAGUGCCUAAAAAUCGCCACCGGUUCGGAGGAGAUAAAUAGAAUCGACGUUACUUUUUAAGAUUGAGAAAUGAGCGAAUAAUAGAA